AUGUCAGAUCAAGACGUUUCAGAGAUCGCCUCAAUUUUUGCGAAGCCCCUUACCGAAGAGUGGACGAGGAGGAAAACCCCGUAUGGGUUUGAUAAAGCUCUACAAAGAGCACAAGGCCUACCAAAAGAAGAUACUGAACGAAUUCUACUCGACACUGGGUUUAAGGCUUGGAUAUCCUAUUUUCUUGCUGGGCAAGGCAGUUCGAAUCACUAUAUCGGCCGGGCGGAGAAACUCAGGGCUAUUGAUACUCUUCAAAAGCUUUCGGUUGAGUCCAAAAAAGAGGUGGCAACUCAUAUCAUCAAUACUCAGGCUCACGAGACUGUCUCGGCUGCAAUUGACCGACUUUUGAAACGGCAAGAGAAUAGAUCAGCGGAAUCUCCGAAGUCAAUACCAGGCGAAAUACAGUUGGACUUAACGCUCGAACAGAUGCCACAAUCUGAAGCAUCGGUAUCCCCUAAUCAUAACGAUGCCAUGACGGUAGAGAUGAACGUGGAAUCGACUACGGCUACGAGGGAAAUAUCGAACGAUCUGCCUGUACCGUCACGAUCUUUCAAGCAACAGACAGUGUCAGACCCACCCGCCCAACUUUUACCGAACCUUUUCCCAGAGUAUAUGUGCAGCACGGUGAAGAAAGAUGGUGAUCAAGCCAAAGUUGAGAUGGUAUUCCCUUAUACUCUUGGUAUGGUUUGUAUGAGCCUGGUAAUUCUUUCGAGUAAGAUCCAACAUGUUGCAAUGGAGCUGUUCGGUGUACAUGUAGAAUCCGAGGAUGGAUAUCGAGUUAUCAUUGAAGAAAACGGGAGAAGAUUAACGCCUCAACCAGAGUUGGUUAUAUCGGGGGCUCCGGACGCGGCCAUUUCAAAGCUCCUUGGUUCAGAUAUGGGCAAUUUUAUCAAAGUAAGUCCCGCGCGCAAGAAAGAAUUGAAACAGGGAAUUCGUAUCACAAGAUUCGUAACUAUGCGAAUCUCCUGCGAUCCUCAAGAAGAUGGAAUUCUCACUAUCAACAUGGGGGAAGCCGAAGGGUAUUUGGUAAAAUGUACACUGUUUGAAGGGACAGAAUCUCAGAAAAUGUGA